AUGUCUUCCCGGCCUCUUCAUCCAGAUGAAUAUGAACUCCACAGCCGUUCGUCUUUUGAUUCCCGAGAUAGCUUCGAUCUCGAUGCUGCCGAUUUCGAAUCACACCAUCCUACUACCAGCCGUAGCUACCGAAACACGCGCCCUCCUCUAAUAUCCCGCCUACUCUCCCUCCUCCCCUUUGUCGGACGGCGGCAUCCCCCUCGAGGCCGUCGAUUAGGACAGACUGCCUGGAAGAAAAACAAACAUUCCGCAUUUCGUCGUCGCCUUACGCUUCGCCGUCUGUGUUUCGUUUGCUUGGCAUCCUCUGGAAUAAUUCUCACUCUCGCAUUCCUUACCUCUAUCAUCCGCCCGUCUUAUACCCAUCCUCCCGCCCAUUAUAAUAUCCUCCGCCAUACGGUGUUAAACUCAAAAGAUCCAGGUAAAGGGAACUCUCGAAACGAAAAGGUGUUCAUUGCGGCUAGUUUAUAUGAUAGAGAUGGCGAGCUUGCACGUGGUAGAUGGGGAGAAAAUGUCCUUGAGCUUAUAAGCAUAUAUGAAAGCAACAGCGGUCCGGAGGGUGAAGCCGCGCUCAAGGAAUUUGAAGCGAAAGUCCAAUGCAAGCGAUCAAUUGGUACCCAUGUCACCCUUGCAGAUGGCUCGGAGCGCAUCAAACGGAUAGCUUAUCUAGCAGAGGCUCGAAACCGAGCACUCCGGCCCCUGGAUGACCCAGCCAGCGAUCGGUUCGAUAAGCUACUAUACCUUAACGAUGUUGUUUUUGAUCCCAUUGACGCACUGCAAUUGCUCUUCUCUACAAAUAUGGACGAAAGAGGCACACCACAAUACCGUGCGGCCUGCGCUGUUGAUUUCAUUAACCCUUUUAAAUUUUAUGAUACCUUCGCCACGAGGGAUCUGGAAGGUUUCUCGAUGGGCGUUCCUUUCUACCCGUGGUUUUCCAGCGCAGGGAAAGCUGAGAGCCGGCAUGAUGUGCUCGAUCAAAAGGACGCGGUCCGAGUGAGGAGUUGCUGGGGAGGGAUGGUUGCAUUUGAUGCGAAGUUUUUCCAGCAGGGGAAAUCCGAACCAGCUGGGCAGCAUCAAGCGCGGAGGCAGAGGGAUGACGACGAAGUGGCUCCAACAUCUCCAACCCCCAGCACCUCGUUACCGGCGAGAUUCCGCGCAGAGCCAGACCUCUACUGGGACGCCUCCGAAUGUUGCCUGAUCCACGCAGAUAUCCAAAAACCACCAUAUGAAUCCAAGGACGAACUCAUCGUCGACACAGGCAUAUACAUGAAUCCGUACGUUCGAGUUGCAUACGACACGCAAACUUUGGCAUGGCUUGGUGUCACUCGAAGAUUUGAAAGGCUUUAUUCCCUGGUACAUGCUAUAGUAAACACAAUUGCUGGUAUGCCUAGGUUCAACCCUCGUCGGGCCGAAGUAGCGGGAACAGACGUGGAGGAAAAAGUCUGGGUUCCCAAGGGUGCGAACGGGGGCUCCUACGAAAUGGUUAAGCGCAAGGCCGGGACUGGAGGCUUCUGUGGUCGCCGUGGACUGCAAGUCAUGGUGGCUAAUCCUGAGAAGGGGCAGAAGAACUGGGAAUCGCUCCCUGUUCCUGCCGGGUAUUGAAUUUAUUAACGGCUACCAUUCCCCCCCCCCCCUUUUUUUUUUU